AUGGCGUCCAGUCCAAAGGCAGUUCGACUUAGCUCGAAAGCUGAGCUGGAGGACACGCCGAUGAAGACGCCGGAGAUGGAUGACAAUGACAGUGAGGAAGGUGUGGUCCACGCGUCCUCGACGAUGUCAUCCUCGGAGUGGCAAGCAAGGCCGAGCACUACGUCUGGGGCGAGAGCUGGCGGAGUUACGUCCAACUUCAUCCUGACCAAGGGCAACACUACGUUUAUCACGGAGAAGGGGCAUGGGCUGUUCGUGUCUCGGCUCCUCAAGAAUCCGAUCGUCGGCAACUGCCUUGGCCUCGUGACCCUGUUUGACGCCUACCUCUCGUGCGCUGACAUUGACCGGCGUGCGGCUGGCAUACCGGAGCCCAUUUGGCUGUCCCUGUCGAUGGAGACUGGGCUGAGGGGUUUGCGGGAGCCAUAA